AUGCGGAUAAUAUCUUCGCUGGCAUUUCUCUUGCUAUCGAGCAGUUACAGCGGGCAGGGCGAGGCCCUCUUCCGGAGCGGGAACAAGUACAGCGGGGAGUUCCGUCGAGGCGUGAUGGAUGGUCGCGGGUGUUACACCUGGAUCUCCGAUGGAACCGUGUACGAAGGAGACUUCAGAAACAACGAACUCACCGGAACCGGUCGAUACUCCUGGAGUGAUGGGAGCGCUUACGAGGGGGGGGUGGCCCUCGGUUUGCGCGACGGCUAUGGCGUUUUCACCAGUGCUGAUGGUACGCUGGUUUACGAAGGAAACUGGCGGAAGAGCAAACGCCACGGGCGCGGAGAGCAGCGGUACGGCGUCAGCACGAAAGAGGUGUCGUCGUACGCCGGCGAGUGGGAGGCGAACUGCCGCCAUGGGCACGGAACGAUGACGUAUGCGUCAGGAAACGUCUACGAGGGGGAGUGGGUUGAGGAUCACAAGGAGGGAAUGGGCGUCAUGAACUGGGUGGAGCGACGCGAGCGCUACACCGGAAACUGGAAGCAAGACCUGCAGUGUGGAUACGGCGAGCACGUGUGGAUUGAGGAAAGGCCUGUAUCUGCAGUAUCGAUGGAUACCCAAAAGCAGAUGUGCAACGUCUACAGGGGAGAGUGGCUCGACGGCAUGAGGCACGGACAGGGCACGUUCAUGUACGCGGACGGGUCUCGGCACACGGGGCAGUGGCAUAAAAACAAGAAACACGGCCCCGCCGUUUUCAUGUCAGACAAUGGGAGGACUUUCGAAGGACUCUUCGAUGACGACGCCAUGCUCGGCAAAGUGGGACAGAUCAACAGCGACCUCAAACUGCUGUACAAGCACUACGCCAAGCCGGAGAUGACCGCUCCCAGAGACAGCACCAUGUUCACCAUGUCGAUGGAGCAGUUUGUGGUGUUCGCUAGGGACUGCCGAGCCCUCGCACCAUGCACGCCGGUGACGGUCGGGGAGGUGUACCGAAUGUUCUUUCGAAUGCGGCGGCAGCACGCGUUCGAGCUCAACCAGAGUCUCGAGAGGGCGAUGGCAAGUGGAUCUUCCACCGGCCGCCACCGACCUUCGAGCGAACACAACGAGGGGGAGGGGGGAGAGGAGAAGGGGGGUGGGGAUGUGCACAGGAGUGCCUACUGCUCCGAAAGCAAUAGCGGUGAGCGCCAUCCGCAGGAGCGGAAGGAGCUGUGCGUGGCGCGUUCCGAUCUCGAGACCGAAGGCGGGAUCUACGACUCGCGGAGGGCCAUCACAUUCCGAGAGUACAUAGAGGGUAUCGUGCGGCUUGCCAGAAUGGUGAGUCUCCACGCUGGAACCGGUGACGGCUCCAACAACUUUGCCGCUACCGCCGCCGCCAACAUUGCUGCUAACGGGGGCGGGAUGCCCCGAAACAUGAGCACCUCCGCAAGCCGCGCCACCUCUCCAAGAGCGUCCGCCUUAGCUCGGAUUGGAACAGCGCCCAUCGAAGGCGGGGGGUCGCUCUCACUCUCGGCUGUCGGGGAGAACACCGUCAGCAGCAACGACGUCACUGCGACCCGCGAUGCCGCAGCCGCAGGGUCAGCAGCAGGCGCUGUUGAUCGGGGUGGAGCAUCCCAGAGCUCCACGGAGGGACGAGCCGUGCUAAACGUGAACGCUGACUUCAAGCGGUUUGUAGGAAGCCAUCUUUCCGAGCUCCUGACGACACUCUCCGCUAACGCUGCCUUCGGUGGCGGAGUACGAGGGGGGGACCGGCGGGGCGGCGGCGGCGGCGGCGGCAGGGGUGAAGGCAGGGGCGGGACUGGCGGUGGUAAGGGCGGGCGAGGGGGCGGUGCGGCUGUGGCGAGAAUGGGGGCCGGGGGCACGGUCGGCAGCAAACUCGGGGACAAGAGGGUUGGCCCAGUGGAGUCACCUUGUGUUAAAGAGCUUGGCGAGGCAGAGGAACAGGUUAGCUCUCUGUACCGUGACUUCUCGGGGCCUUCGCUCGAGCCGAUGACGCUAAGGGGUCUGUUGAGGAUGGCCCGAGAUGCUGGUCUACAGGAACGGGUCGGCCUGACGUCAGAGGAUGUCAAAAAGAUGUUCAAGCAGGCGAACGCUUUCCUGCAGAGCCGAGAUGGUCCCGCGACUCCCGACAUCGCCGGUUCGACACCGCCAUGCGGUGCUGCCACCAAGGUCGCCGAUCCCGACAGGAAAGAAAGCAAUCCUGUAGAAGCGCUGGGACUAUCGUCGUCCACCGCCGUGGGGGGCGGAGGCGUAGGGUUCCCUCUGCCGACGGUGGAUUCGGCUACGGUGUGUCUCGUGGGCGCCGCACCCUGCACGGUGGACCUCGACUUGCUCGACCAGGAGUUGAUGCCGGAUGAGUUCAAGGUGGUGAUCGCCGGACUAUUCGAGCUGGCGAGGGACAAGAACAGCCAAUCUCAUAGCGCUGCCGACAAUGAAGGCGUUGAGUACCAGCCCGAAGUCCCUCCCGAGGAACCGUUACAUUCGGACCACCCUGCCGGGGGAGGGGGAACACGAGAAGGAGACGGGGAACAAGCCCCCGCGAGUCAUUCCGAUGCCGGAAGAAAGGUCGAUAGUGCUGGUGGCGGUGGUGGUGGUGGUGCUGCUGCUGUCGCUGCCUCGGGAGUCUCGACCCAAGGAUCACCGACGCCGGGUGCGAAAACAGCGGCACAUCCAGUCCAGAACGGUGAAAGUAAAAACCAGGACUCCGCUAGUCUUGACGCGGGGGAGGGGUCCACAGACACGACAGCGGCAGCAGAAGCCGUAGAAGCGGCGCCCGAGUGGCUGGCAGAUCCCAAGGCGUUCGUGUCGCGGGUCAUCCAGUGGGCGGGGGAGGGGGGCGCUAAGCGCUCCAAGGCCGUGCGCGCCAAGCCUCCCACGAGAGAGAUGCAGAAGCUCUUAGCUAGCAGCCAUUUCUUGUAG